AUGAAAAAUCAAACAUCUGUAAAAGACUUCAUUCUUCUUGGAUUAACAAAUGACCCAAAGCUAAAUGUUUUGAUUUUUCUAUUUCUAUUUUUCACAUAUAUACUGAGUAUAACUGGAAACCUGACAAUUAUCACCCUCACUCUGAUAGAUCCUCACCUUAAAACUCCGAUGUAUUUCUUUCUUAGGAAUUUCUCUUUUCUAGAAAUCGCAUUCACAACAGUUUGCAUUCCUAGAUUUCUGGCCAGCAUUAUAACAGGGGAUAUGACUAUUUCUUAUAAUUCUUGCAUGGUCCAGGUGUUUUUCUUUAUACUCCUUGGCUCGACAGAAUUUUUUCUUCUGACUGCUAUGUCUUAUGAUCGGUAUAUAGCUAUCUGUAAGCCAUUGCAUUACACAACAAUAAUGAACAGCAGAAUUUGCAACCAGCUUGUAAUUAGCUCUUGGCUGGCUGGAUUUCUCAUUAUCUUUCCACCUGUCAUGAUGGGACUUCAACUGGAUUUCUGUGACUCCAACAUCAUUGACCAUUUCACCUGUGACUCUUCUCCUAUGCUGUUGAUCUCCUGCACGGACACUGCAUUCCUAGAGCUCCUGGGAUUCUUCCUAGCAGUAUUCACACUCAUGGUGACGUUAAUAUUAGUGAUUCUUUCCUAUGUAUUCAUCCUUAAAACAAUUCUGAGAAUCCCCUCGCCUGAGCAAAGGAAAAAGGCCUUUUCCACUUGUUCCUCACACAUGAUUGUAGUUUCCAUUUCUUAUGGAAGUUGCAUUUUCAUGUACAUCAAAACUUCAGCAAAAGAAGGAGUGGCUUUGACCAAGGGUAUAGCAGUGCUCAAUACUUCUGUUGCCCCAAUGCUAAAUCCUUUUAUUUACUCCCUAAGGAACCAGCAGGUAAAGCAGUCCUUCAAGAACUUAGUCAACAAAUGCUUCUCAAAUAAAUCUUAAUCAUUAAGAUAUUCAUGACUUGAACUUUAAAUGGAAUCUUAUGACUAACACAAUAUUAACAUUGUUACGUUUC